AUGUUGAUUGUGGAAACGGCAGACAUGCUCCAGGCCCCACUGUUUACUGCAGAAGCUUUGCUCAGAGAGCACGACUGGGGUAGGGAGAAAUUACUUGAAGCGUGGAUGUGCAGGCUUGAGAAUUAUUGCCAACGUUCUUGCGUCCAAAUGCCAACACCUAAUCCUAGUGGAUUCAAUGCCUGGGACACCUUACCUCCAUCACGUACCCCUCGUACCACACGGUCAUCUGUAACAUCGCCUGAUGAGAUCAGCCUCUCUCCAAGUGACAUAAACACACCUCUGUGUGGCAUUUGCAUGUGCAAUAUUUCAGUCUUCAAAGAUCCAGUGGAGAUACCUUGUGGACAUGAGUUUUGUAGAGCAUGCUGGGAAUCGUUUUUAAACCUUAAAAUCCAGGAAGGAGAAGCUCGCAAUAUUUUUUGCCCACCCUAUGACUACUUUCAGCUUUUUCCCGUGGAUGUGAUCGAAAGUGUGGUUUCCAAGGAGAGGGACAAACGAUAUUUCCAGUUUGACAUAAAGGUGUUUGUUGAAAAGAACACGGCUAUUCGAUGGUGCCAAACAGUAUCCUGUGAAAGAGCGGUUUGA